UAAUUUGGUACGCAUUUUAUGGGUAGAUUUCCAUAAAUUUCCUUGGUCCCCAAUAAUAUAGGUCUUCAAUAGAAUUUAAUGGUUAUGGUUUCCAGCUAAGUGAACAUUUGGAGGUUUUUAUUUUUAUUUUUUAUUUUUUACGAAGCUAACUUUUGUAAUAGACACUUGGCUAGGACAUAAAAUAAAAUUAUGAUAAGUAAUGAAAGUGAAACGCAGUGAGUAGAGUACACUAACUGGGUCUAUAUAUAGUGCAGGAAGUGAAUUGGAUAUAUAUGAGAACUAUUUCUAAGUGCGUAGGAGAUGGUUGAAGAGAUAGGAUCGUAAAAACAUAAAAAUUCAGAUACAUUUUGGCCUUUUUUCCAUUUCUAGUUGUGCAUCUGAGAGUGAGAUCCUUUUUCAAUCACUUUUGGAGCUGAUAUAUAACUAUAGCUAUACUAAUACUCCUCAGAUCUAAUUAAUCUUUCAUAUAUAUAUAUAUAUAUAUGUGUGUGUGUGUGUGUGAGUGUGUGUGCGUAUAUUGCCCUUCAUUUGUUUUAUAUAUAUAUAAGUAUAUUUUUUAUGUGAAGAAAGGUGUAUGCAUGAUUCAUCACAAAUUUUUUUUGAAAAAAAUGUAUGUAUUGUAUACAUGAUUGUAUGCAGGAAGCGUCUCUGUUGAUAUAGAGAUCAUCAGAAAAUGUGGAAAAUUAAGUUUGGAGCGGGAGAAAAGGAGCCAUACUUGUUUAGCACAAACAAUUUCCUUGGGAGGCAGAUAUGGGAGUAUGAUGCAGAUGCAGGAAGCCCAGAAGAGAGAGAAGAGGUCGAAAAGGCUCGCCAACAUUUCUACCAAAACCGAUUCAACCUCAAGGCCUGUAGCGACCUCCUCUGGCGCUUCCAGCUUCUAAGAGAAAAGAAAUUCAAACAAAGCAUUCCUCAAGAGAAGGUUGAAGAUGGCGAUAAGAAAAUUAGUUAUAAAACUGCUGAUGCAACAAUGAGGAGAGCAAUCAACUUCUGGUCUGCCUUGCAAAGUCCACACGGCCAUUGGCCUGCUCUGAAUGCUGGUGUUAUGUUCUACGUCCCUCUCUUUGUGUUUUGUAUGUAUAUUACCGGGACACUUCAUACCGUAUUCAAUGAACAUCAUCGAAGGGAAAUGCUGUGGUAUAUGUACUGCCAUCAGAAUGAAGAUGGUGGAUGGGGAUUGCACAUUGAAGGGCCAAGUAUGAUGAUGUGUACGGUUCUCAACUAUCUGGCCAUGAGGAUACUCGGAGAAGGACCGGAUGGCGGCCUGAACAGUGCCUGUAGCAGAGCAAGAAAGUGGAUUCUUGAUCAUGGUGGCGCCAUGUACUCUGCAUCUUGGGGAAAGACUUGGAUGGCUAUUCUUGGUGUAUAUGACUGGGAGGGAAGCAAUCCAUUGCCACCAGAGUUUUGGUUCUAUCAAACUCUUGUCCCUUUGCAUCCAUCCAAGAUGAUGUGCUAUACUCGUUUGACUUUCAUGCCCAUGUCGUAUUUGUAUGGUAAGAGGUUUGUUGGGCCAAUCACACCUCUCAUUCAACAACUCAGAGAAGAAAUCUACAACCAACCUUACAAUCAAAUCAAAUGGGCCAAAGUUCGCCAUUGUUGUGCAAAGGAGGACAAUUACUAUCCCCAUGGUAGAUUACAGCGCCUAAUGUGGGAUGGUUUUUACUAUGUGGCCGAGCCUCUUCUCAACAGCAGGCUUUUCAAAAGGAUAAGAGAGAGUGCUGUCCAAAAAGCAUUAGACCAUAUUCAUUAUGAAGAUGAGAACAGUAGAUACAUUACUAUUGCAUGCGUAGAAAAGCCAUUGAUGAUGCUUGCUUGCUGGGCGGAUGAUCCAAAUGGUGAAUAUUUUAAGAAGCAUAUUGCAAGAGUUGUUGAUUUCUUUUGGGUUGCCGAAGAUGGAUUGACAUUGCAAAGCCUUGGGAGUCAGACAUGGGACGCUAGUCUUUCAAUUCAAGCUCUGCUUGCUGCCAAUGUCAGUAACGAAAUCGGACCCAUACUGAAGAAAGCACAUGAGUUUUUGAAGAUGUCACAGGUGAGGGUGAAUCCUUCUGGUGACUACUUAGCCCAUUUUCGCCACACUUCUAAAGGAGCAUGGACUUUCUCUGAUAGAGAUCAUGGUUGGCAAGUUUCUGAUUGUACUGCAGAAGCUCUCAAGUGUUGCUUGAUGUUCAAAGCCAUGUCGCCGGAACUUGUUGGGGAUCCAAUAGAACCGGAGUGUUUUUAUGAUGCAGUUAAUGUCCUACUUCCACUACAGGGUAAAAAUGGUGGUGUAUCAGCUUGGGAGCCACCAGGAGCUCCAAGAUGGUUGGAGUGGCUGAAUCCUGUGGAAUUCCUUGAGGGCCUUGUGAUCGAAUACGAGUACCCAGAGUGCACUUCCUCUGCACUUCAGGCUCUGAUUUUAUUUAAGAAGUUAUUCCCCGAGCAUAGGAAGAAGGAGAAGGAGAUUGAUAUGUUUGUCACCAAGGCCGUGAGAUACCUCGAACAAGUUCAAAUGCCAGAUGGCUCAUGGUAUGGGACUUGGGGAAUAUGCUUCGUGUAUGGGACUUGGUUCGCAAUCAGAGGGUUGGAGGCUGCUGGGAAGAACUACUACAACUGCGAGGCUGUGCGCAGAGGUGUUGAGUUUUUGCGUAAUACACAGAGAGGGGAUGGUGGUUGGGCCGAAAGCUACACUUCAUGCCCUAACAAGGUAUACACACCACUUGAAGGAGACCACUCGAAUCUGGUGCAGACUGCAUUAGCAUUGAUGGGUUUAAUCCAUGGUCAACAGGCUGAUAGAGACCCAGCUCCUUUGCAUGCAGCGGCAAAGCUUUUAAUAAAUUCCCAAUUGGAAAAUGGGGAUUUCCCACAGCAGGAAGUUACGGGGGCAUUCUUUAAGAAUUGCACGCUGCAUUAUGCAGCUUACAGGAACAUUUUUCCAUUGUGGGCUCUUGCUGAAUACCGGAAUUUAGUUGCAUUUUCUUCUAAUUAAACGAAGAACAAGCAAAUUGUGGUUCCAUUUAGUUGUAUGGUUUGUUUAUUUUCACUUUUUAUUAAAAAUACUCUUAGCACUGGUUGAUGGCCGCGGAUGCCAGCUGUUUGUCACCAGCCAACAGGAUAAUGAUUUGUGGCUCAUUGGCUCCUUGCAACUCGCAUAUUUUAUCAAGUGGUGUUUGGGGAAAAUAGACAUACUUGCCCAAGGGCAAGGGGACUUAAAUUACAUAUAUAUAUGUAUGUAGUAUUAAUAUUUUUCUUUUUAUUAUAUGUCCUCAAAAACAUAUUCAUAUAAAAUAUGUAUAUAGUGGUCAAUACAUUAAAAUAUUUAGCAUA